AUGCUUCUCUACCAGGGCCAAUCGGUGAAUACCAGUGGCGACUCCUCUUCCGGUCAAGUCCCAUCCCUCGGUGUAGCAGCAUCAUCUACUGCCCAGGAUCACAGUGAAACAUCCACUUUUACAGCCGCCAUCCCACCACGACCGCCCAACGGACAUAGCGCCACAUUGCUACGCCGCAAUACCAACACGGACACAUUGAAGAGCCCUGUCGCACCCACUGCCACCGCUGUCACCAUGGAUCCCAAGGUCACAGCGGAACUUAUGCAUCUGAGGUCGGUGAUAAAGGAGAAGGACAGACGAUUGGAUGAGCUGCAUUCGGAGGUGGACAAAUUGAGUUCGGUGUUGCAGCAGCAUAUUAGCGAGUGUGACACUUGGAAGAAGAAUCCUCCUGCGAUAGCUGAACACCUUAUGCGUGCCUCCUCGCUCCGUCGCGGUUCCCUCAAUACUAACACCACUGCCUCCACCAAUGCUGCUCAGGAUUCAGUUAACAGCUCCGCACCCUCAGCAAUGAUGGCGACGCGAUCACCACUAUCUUCCGAGGGUUCUGCUGGAACAACUUCCUCACCCACUUCGGCUGACGGUCUUGGACCCCUCCGCUCACAUGCUGUAGGUAUCGCUGGUGCUGGAGGCGUACCGAGCAAGCGCCUCGGUGUCUCCGCCGAACCGACCAUGGCUGUGCAGUCUAUUGCGCCAGUAGAGAUUAAGUAUUACGACAAAGAUGCGAAGUCGCGGCAGGAGAUUCGCAACGCCUUACGAAACAACGAAUUCCUCAGAAAUUUAGACGCGGUGCAACUGCAGGAGAUCGUAUCGUGUAUGUACAAGCACAGCGUUGUGGAGGGUCGUUACGUCAUUCGUGAGGGUGAAGACGGGCAUCAUCUCUACGUGGCUGCAGAGGGUGAAUACGAGGUAUGGAGGAAUGGGAAGUACCUCUACACCAUGGGUCCUGGAAACUGUUUCGGUGAACUGGCCCUCCUCUACAACUGCAAGCGCACUGCUUCCAUAAAAGCUGUCAGAGCUGCACACAUCUGGGUUUUGGAACGAAACAUCUUCCAGUUCAUAAUGAUGAAAACAGGUUUGGAGAAGAUGGAGGCGCGAGUGAACGUGCCUCUCCUAAAAGACCUGGAACAGAGUCAACUUCAACGGAUAGCUGACGUACUAGAGGCUCAAUUUCACCCCGACGGUGAAUGCAUCAUUCGACAGGAUGAGCAAGCGGACAGCUUCUUCAUCAUUCAAUCGGGCGAGGUUCGAGUUACAAUGAAAGUAAUGGGCCCAGACGGUGCAUCGAAGGAGAUCGAGAUCCGUCGGAUGAGCAAGGGCGAGUACUUCGGUGAGAAGGCUCUGCUGGGUGAGGGUAGACGCACCGCCAACAUUUAUGCUGCCUCACCUGCAGGCGUAGAACUACUCUGUCUCUACCGAAAGGACUUCCUCGAACUCAUGGGCAACAUUGCUGAUCUGGAGCACAAGGAAUACGUGGAUCUGGAGCAUCUUCAAUUACAGGGAGGCCAACUGAAGGCAGCUCGACCUCUCAAUUUGAACGAGGACGAUCCUACAGUGACCUUGACUUCAGCUAGUCCCACUUCCCUUGAUCAGCUUCUUGGUCAACGCGAGGUCAAAGCGGCCGCCGGAGACCGGGUCCAGUCGCCAACCACCCGCAAGCUCUACACCCGCGAAUACAAUAUUGCCGCCAAACUUCGUCUUUCUGACCUUGAACGUGUGGCUGUGAUUGGUCAGGGCGGCUUCGGACGUGUUGAACUGGUGCGACCAAUCAGUGACCACAGCAUCGCCUUCGCUCUGAAGCGCAUGAAGAAGGUGCACAUAGUGGAAACGAAGCAGCAAGACCAUGUUCACUCAGAGAAGCAAAUUCUCAUGUCGGUUGACAACAGCUUUAUCUGCAAGCUAUUCAAAACCUUCCGAGACAACAAAUUUGUCUACAUGCUGAUGGAAUUCUGCCCCGGUGGUGAACUUUGGACAGUCCUUCGUGACCGACGCGCUUUUGAUGACAAACUAACGCGGUUCAGUUUAGCCUGCGUGAUUGAGGCCUUCGACUAUUUGCAUCAUCAGGGAAUCAUCUAUCGCGAUUUGAAACCGGAAAACAUGCUUCUCACUAGUAACGGUUACAUAAAGCUCUGCGACUUUGGUUUUGCAAAGCGUCUGGGCCCCCAACGUAAGACAUGGACGUUCUGCGGAACACCGGAGUACGUAGCUCCCGAGGUCAUUCUCAACAAAGGUCACGACUUUGCUGCCGACUACUGGUCUCUUGGAAUCCUCACUUGUGAACUCCUUAUGGGCACCCCGCCCUUCCAAGCCUCGGAACCGAUAAAGAUCUACAUGAAGGCGCUUCGAGGCAUUGAGGCGUAUGACCUGAGCCACCAUAAGAACAUCAGUGUAAAGGCCUAUCAGUUCAUAAAACGCUUGUGUCGGAACACUCCCACCGAACGCCUUGGGAUGGGCCGACAAGGCAUUCAGGAGAUUCGGAACCAAAAAUACUUCCAAGGGUUUGAUUGGGACGGUGUAAGAAACCGAACCCUACAGUCGCCGUUCAAACCAAAGGUAAAUGGGCCAUGUGAUUUCAGUAACUUUGACCAAUUUCCCGUUUCGGACGAACUGCCACCAGACGAGACAUCGGGCUGGGACAUCGACUUCUAG